CAGUCUAAAUCCGCGGCGGGCUUGUUUUUCUUUUUUUUAACCUAAAAUCGUUUUUUAACGUAUUCCCGAUGUUUUACGGCGCCACUCUUUUAAAUCAUUUUAUAGCGACAGUUUAGCCAUUUUACUACAUUUCGUUUUCACGGCGACGCACAAUUUUUCCCUCCAACCAGACGAACAUGGCAGAAUGGAAGACGCAGGUAACUUACAAUUACAACCCGUCUUUCCAGGCCUACGCCUACAGUCUGGUGUACCAGCCGACGCCGGGGCUCAACCAUGGAGCCCUGGCUGGCUGGGGGGACAACGGAGACACGGGCCUGGACAGCUGCAAUGUCGCGGUGACGCAGACCCUUCACGCCGCCGUGGACACCACCACCGUGACCGGGGACGAGUUCCCGGCAGGCAGCCCCGACACCGAGCCUGUGGCCGGCGAUUGUUAUCCGGGAACCGAACUCGUGUUUCUCGAUGAGGACCAGGAAGGCCAUAUGCUGCUGGCCGGACCGCCGCGGGAGUCCUACGGAGGCGAGGGGAGUGAGGCGAAGCGGGCCAGGAGCGGUUCCUUCAGCGACUCAGAGGCGCACACCUCUCCCGAUUCUUGGAGCUCUGUCAUUAGCCGUGAGGGAAGCCUCCCUCAGGUGGACCCCACCACCUGGGCAGAGAAGGGGGUUGGGGACGAGCCGGUGAUCAGAAGUCCGGGCGGCAGCGAGGAUGUUUCCAGCUCUUUAAUGGAGGAGGCCCAGAACCUAGCAAUACAAGGGAGCCAGGCCAUCAGUAACUCCAUGCCUGCACGUGCAUCCCUUCCUGCCCCCAGCAGGCUUGGCAUCGCUACAGCGACGAACCCCAAAGCAAAGGUCCGGGUGGCCUUCACAGAAAGCCAGAUGAACGCCCUCGUCCAGCGCUUCAGCAUUCAAAGGUACCUCACCCCAGCUGAGAUGAAGAACCUGGCAGAGGUGACCGGACUGACUUAUAAACAGGUGAAGACCUGGUUUCAGAACCGGAGAAUGAAGCUCAGGAGGCAUCAGAAAGACACAAGCUGGGUGUCGGAGCGUUAUGCCACGCGCAAGGACGGCCCGGUUCACAGGACCAUCUUCUCCAACAUGCGCUCACGCAUGCCACUUUAUGACGGCGAUGGUCGGCCCCAGUUCAGGGAGCAUUACAACCACCACAUGAUGGAGGCCGCUUUUGCAAAGUCCCCACAGAACCUGGCCUACUACCUCGCCGCGAUGGGCGGCGCGGCUGGAUCCGGCGGUUACCCACCCUGGUCCGCUAAUGGGCCGCUGGCCGCUGUGCCAAACCGGCCCCACCCGGCUAGGUGGCCCGUGCCGCAAGGAGGCGCGCCCUUCGAUUACAGCCCCAACGCAUUUAACACGAACAAUUACGCGCAUGCUGCGAGCUUUGACGGCACCGAGGGGGGGGCUGUAACCACGGCUGUAAGGCCUGAUGGAAACCAGUAGCCGCGGUGCUGGUUGGUCCACGAGCUUUGUUUUUUUUUCUUGGCGGCUUCAUCCAGCUGUUGUGAUAAUGGUCAUUUCCCCACUUAUUGGCCUCCAUUUGUGUACAUUUUCUUUAUGCAUGAUUCAUGUGUGUUUUUCUGUCAUACAUUUUUUUUUUUUUUU